AUGUCCGCCAUCGCUACUAUCCCUAACGGUUCUAUAACCUGUACCAUGGAGCGCGAACGCUUUCACUACUACAUUGGCUGUCUCCUCGUCGCGUGCAGCAACGUCGGUAUCGCGGCGUUCGACAUCGACAGCGUCCCUUGCCCCGACGAACUCGCGCCGUUCUACCAACGCGUGCGCCGUGGCACCGCGGACAACGACAUGGCCGUCCACGUUAUAUUCCUGGGUACCUGCGUCGGCGUUACGACCUCUGUCAAUGUGAGCGACAACGCUGUCAUCGGCGAGACCGAAUCCUAUCGCCUUCGCGUGAAGCGCCCUCGCGCCGUACGGGCCUGGUCCUUGUGGCGGUUCUGGAUCCGGACGAUUGUGAGGCUGGCCUUCGAGCGCCCCGAUCUCAGCGAGCACGCUGCUCUCGUUCGGGCUGCUCGCGUGAGGCUUCCCAACUCGAAGGAUAUUUGUUCCCUGGUGCCGCUGGAGUGGCCGCCGCCGUCGCAGCCGCCGUCGCCGUCGCCGUCGCCGUCGCCGCUACCGCUUAACCCUGAUCUUGUCAUCGUCGAGUCGGAUUCGGGCGAGGAGUCGGAGGACGAGGUGGAGGCCUAUUUGCUCGAGGCUGAUGAUUAA